CACAGAGCAAAUCGAUACGCUUUAAGUGCACCGAUACAAAACAAAGCAAAUAAAAUCCACACUCUUAGUAAUACAUUUUUUAAGUUCUCGCUUUUCAAAUAAAUACAUGACAUAUGUUUAUUGUCUCGGAUAAUUUCCUUUAGAAAAUUUAGCAGUAAAUUUAUUUUUAUUUUCACAAGUUCAAACCAAUGAGACAAAUUUUCAUAAACAUGCAAUGUAAGACUGGUGUAAUAAAUUCUUGUUCUAUGACCCUUUCUCAAAUCUUACACAUAACGAGAGAUUUUUAGUAUAUCAGACUGUCCUUUUUUUAAUCCUCCUCCUACUACUUCCUUCAUCCAUCUUUACUUAUCGAUUAUAUUAAAAAUAGAUAUCCAACUAUGCUUAUUCGGUUUAAAAAAUUAAUGGAUAAUUAUUCAAUGCAUUUUCAUAACUUUAAAUUUAUUAUUCAAAGGAUAAUAUCAUCAAAUUAUCUCUAUCAUUUAUUGUUUGUUAAAGCCAAGUUUAGUAUAGUAAUCUCUCUGUUUAGAUCCACUCUCAUUUGUUUAAUCCUAAAACUGAUCUGUCUUUUUCAGAUUUUUUUUGGAAAACACAAAAAUAAAUAAAUAAAAGAUCCAAAAAUAUAUAUUAAAAAAAGAAAACUAGGUAGCUAUAGUAGAUUGUCCUUUAUUAUUUUUUUUCUGCUGUAUAUGUAUAUUCUCUUCAGUCUUCUUUAUUUACUCUCUUCCUCAUCAUACAUCAGUGGACUCCUUUUAGGUAUUUUUUGCACCUUAUUCUAAAUUUUUGAUGCUUAAUUUGAAAAGGGUAUUUUUUGUGACUAUAAUGUUAAUUGCACUAUUUAAAAAUCCCAUUUUUUUUAAAUGUAAUAUUGAUAUUUAAUUUGUGGGUCAGCUUUAGUUUUAUUGUUCUUGAAUGUUCUUUUAGUAAAGAUUAGUUCUUGGAUUUUUUUAAGUGUUCUUGGAUGUUCUUAUAAUAAAGAUUAAUUCUUGGAGUAUUUUAUUCACAUAUGGAUUUGCCUAUAUUGUUGUAUAUGAAAUUUAAGGGCAAGUGCUAUUUGUGAUUUUAGCUAUAAAUAAUCUUGGAUUUUCUCCAAGUUCAAUUUUUGAGUGAGGAUUAAUCAUUGAGCUGUUUAAUUUAUAAUUGCACUAUUUAAAAAUGCCACCUAAUGUGCAUAUUUAUUUUGUGGGUGAACUUUAGUUUUAUUGUUCUUGGAUGUUCUUAUACUAAAGAUUGAUUCUUGGAUUUUUUUUUUUAAUUUCUUUUGGAUGUUCUACGAAAGAUUGAUUCUUGGAAUAAUUUUUAGUAAUGGGGUUUCACAUUUGAGUUUUCCUGAGUAUAAAGGGCAUGUUCUAGUUUGUGAUUUUAGCUAUAAAUAUCUUGUGAUUUUACCUGUGAUUUCUGUUGCUGGUUGGAGGUAAAAAGUUCAAAUUUUUUAGUGUCGAGGAAGCUCAUCGAACUAUUUGUGGGUUUAAUUUAUAAUUGCAUUGUUUAAUUUAUAAUAAUUAGUUUUGUUGUUCUUGAAGGUUUUUAUACUAAAGAUUAAUUCUUGAAAUAUUUCUUUCGUUGUUCUUGGAUGUUCUUAUAUUAAAGAUUAAGUCUUAGUGUAUUUUUUGUAAUGGCUACCGGAAACAGCCUCUCUACUCCCUCGGGGGUAGUGGUAUUGGUAUGGACUGCGUACAUUUUACCCUCUCCAGACCUCACUAUGUGGGAAUAUACUGGGUUUGUUGUUGUAUUUUUUGUAAUGGGGUUUCAAGUUAUUCACAUUUGGAUUUGCCUAUAUUGUUGCUUAUGAGUUUGAGGGCAAGUUCUCGUUUGUGAUUUAGCUAUAGAUAAUCUUGAAUUUUCAGGUUAUUUAGAUUUGGAUUUGUUUAUAUUGUUGAAGGGGAGCCUUGGGUAACUGGUAAAGUUGUCACGUGACCUCCUAGUCACAUGUUCAGUCAUGGAGACAGCCUCUUACAGAAAUGCAAGGUUAUUCACAUUUGGAUUUGCCAUAUUGUUGCUUAUGAGUAAAAAGGAAAGUUCUAGUUUGUGAUUUAGCUAUAACUAAUCUUGGGUUUUCUCCAAGUUCAAAUUCUGAGUGAGGAGGAAGCUCAUUGAGCUGUGAAAACAAAUGAUGAAAGGUAAUAAAGUGACUAGUUCAACAUCCAGUCUGUGGUUAGCUCAAAAUCCUAGCAAGAGAUGGGGUGAAGUGUUCUUUUUGCUUUACACUCCGUUUUGGCUCACCUUAUGCCUUGGUGUUGUGGUCCCAUAUAAGCUCUAUGAGGAUUUUACAGAGUGGGAAUACCUCUUGGUGGGGCUUGUUUCUGCACUUCCUGCUUUUAUUGUACCCAUGAUAUUUGUCGGAAAGGCUGACAGGAACACUGCUUGGAAAGAUCGUUAUUGGGUGAAGGCUAAUCUCUGGAUAGCAAUUUUCACUUACGUUGGGAAUUACUUUUGGACCCACUAUUUCUUCACAGUUUUAGGGGCUUCUUAUACAUUUCCAUCUUGGAGGAUGAAUAACGUACCACAUACAACAUUCCUUCUAGCUCAUGUUUGCUUCCUGUUUUACCACGUCUCCGCAAACAUGACCCUUCGUAGACUACAGCAUGCUAUUGCUGAUUUGCCCGAGAAUAUUCAGUGGGCUUUCAAGGCUGGAUGGAUUCUGGCAUAUGCUUAUUUUAUAGCUUAUCUGGAGACAUUGGCUAUUUCCAAUUUUCCGUACUAUGACUUUGUGGACCGAGCAGUCAUGUAUAAAGUUGGCUCAUUGUUUUAUGCGAUCUACUUCAUUGUAAGCUAUCCAAUGUUUUUCAGGAUUGAUGAAAAGCCUGGAGAUUCAUGGGACUUGCCGAGAGUGUCCAUCGAUGCAUUAGGUGCUGCAAUGCUAGUCACCAUUUUACUCGACUUAUGGCGCCUUUUUCUAGGUCCCAUUGUUCCAAUGCCGGAAACCAAACAAUGCGUUCAAUCAGGACUCCCAUGGUUUGCCAUGACAUCUUGAUGGAAUCCGAAUCGCGAGUCACGACGUUAAUACCUUCUGUAAUAUCAGAAGUUUUGGGCUGUUCUUGAAAUGAUGUUGACUAUGAUCAUCAGAUUGAGCCCUUGUUGUACUCUUUACCAACUUUUAGACAUUCUCAGAAUGAUGUUACACUUAUUGAACUUCAUGUGUUAUCAUGUAAAAGCAUUUCAGUUUUCUUGGUGCCUAUGUAUUUCUCUUCAGAGCAACUAGAUUCCUAGUUGUUGUAUGGAAGGAUCGUACCAUAAGAGUCUAUUGUAUGCAGUUUUACCUUGGA